UUACCCCCACCACGCGGCCGACGGUUCCCAAACAAAACGGAAAGCCAAACCAAACAGUUGGCCAGAGACGUUCGAACGUGACGUUUUGGCGUAGGUGAUUACGUGCGCUGACAUUUAUUUUGUGCUAGUGUAAUCUUAAAAAAUCGCAAUGGCCGACCAACUCACCGAAGAACAAAUCGCGGAGUUCAAAGAGGCGUUUUCGUUGUUCGAUAAGGACGGCGACGGCACGAUCACCACGAAAGAAUUGGGAACGGUCAUGAGGUCUCUGGGGCAGAACCCGACGGAGGCCGAGCUCCAGGAUAUGAUCAAUGAGGUGGACGCGGACGGCAACGGCACCAUCGACUUUCCGGAGUUCCUGACGAUGAUGGCCCGGAAAAUGAAAGACACGGACAGCGAGGAGGAAAUCCGCGAGGCGUUCCGCGUCUUCGACAAGGACGGCAACGGUUUCAUCUCCGCCGCGGAACUCCGCCACGUCAUGACGAACCUGGGGGAGAAGCUGACCGACGAGGAGGUCGACGAGAUGAUCCGGGAGGCCGACAUCGACGGCGACGGCCAAGUCAAUUACGAAGAAUUUGUCACCAUGAUGACUUCCAAGUGAAGCAGUUUACGGUUUCUGCAUUUCAGCUUUCCAUUAAUUAUGAUUAUUAUUAUUAUUGUCAUUAUUAUGAUUCACUUUGGUUCGCCCCCCGUCGUCGGUUUUUUGUUUUUCGUCACCAACUAUCUAUCUCUCACUUACACACACACGUAAAAAUGAAGAUAAACGACACACACCGUUCGAACGGCGACACGGGGCGUCCCAAGCGAUCGUCAAUAAUUGUUGUUUAUAAUUUCCGUGACAUGUUUUAAUUACCGACACCCGUAAUAAAGUAUUUACGAGAAUAAAAAAAAGUAUGUGUAAAUUUUUGUAAAAUAUUCUGUUGGUGGAACAAAAAAAAACAAGCCGCCACCCCUGCGGGGGUUUUGUUUCGCCGCGCGCGCGCCGCUGCCCGCCGAACGAGCCGCCCUUGAUUUUUUUUGGAAAAAGCGCCUCGUUCGGAAACCAGGGGCGCGCGCGCGCCUCCUAGAUAAUACGUAUUUUAAAUUAUUCUUUUUUUUUCGUUCUACAUGGUAUAAUAUAAUAUAGGUUUUACAUUUUUUAGUAUAGUAUUUUUCCGAUAUUUAAAUGUAAGGGAGAAGUUUUCUGCGGUCCGGAUCUGUAUAUCUCUCUCUCUCGCAGGCGCGAGAUACGCCCGCGAGACGCGGCUUUAGCCAUUGUGAAAUUAUUAUUAAAUGUUUAAAUUUGAAAAUAAAUGUGACUAGAAAAGUUUACCCGAUGGAUUUUGUCCGUUUUAUCUCGUCCCAACACUUGCUACUUAUUAUUUUGUUAGGGAAAUCGAUCAUGUUAAUUUUUAUUUGAAAUAAAGACAUUCGAAAGGA